UGUUUUCUUUGGUGGUCGUCUCUGAUAAUUAUUGUCGCUUUUAAGAUCCUAAAAUUUAUAAAUUAAACACACACAGCCAUUAAAUUUCAUCAUUGACCUUUGUCGAUUCCAUUCUCUGUCUCUCCUCUGUAUUUUUGUAAACAGAGGAAUUUGAAUGGUUUCUUAUUAUGUGUGUGUGUGUGUUUCUUCUUUCCUUCUCUAUAAGUUUUGCAAAUCAAUGAGAGCUUUUUGAUUACCAAAAAAAAAACGUUCUAUGUACAAUAAACAGUAAUUAUUAUUCUUCGUUAGAUCUAUACAAUUAGUAAAUUCAUCCCUAAAUUUUUUUAAAUUUCGUUCCUUUUUAAAAAAGUAUGGGGCCCCAGAUAGUAAAACCUGAAGAACGCCAUCUUUCUGUUGCUGUUACAAAACUUGCCGCUUCAAUUUUUUAUUGCUCUUUUUCUGGAAACUUUUAUAUUUUUCUAGUUUAGCUCAUAUAUAUAAUAAUAUAUGCAGGGGAUUCUAAAAUUUCAUUUUUAUUGAAAUAUUGUGUUGUGCAUUAGCUGUAUCUAGAGCGUCUGAUUUCAGUUUCCUCUGCUGCUACUCUCGUUUGUGCUUUGUUUAAUAUAUAGUACUAUUUUGUCUCUUCUUCUGGAUAAUUCAGACUGAUCAUACGAGCGACAUGCAUUGGUCUUGAAUUCACAGCCUAUUAAACUGAGAUUCAGUGAGUGAGGUCUGGUUUAAGGUGUCUUCUUGUUCUCUGUUCUUGGGAGAACACAAAGGCAGUAGAUAUAGAUUAUGGAACAUGGUUUGCCGUCUAUGAAGUCGAUCAAAUCAUUGAAGUCAUUUGUCAAGAGAAGAAACAAUCCUCAAGAUGUUGGUAAAUCCGGGUGGAAAGUGAAGCCCUUUCUGGCUCUCAUAUGUACAGCACUUUUGAUCUUUUGGUAUAGGACCACUAAUAUUCAAUUCGAAGAGACAGAGCUAGAGGAAGCAGAUUAUCCCUUUGACAUGGCAAUGGAAUCUGAACCAGUCGAUGCGAAACUAAAAGGCUUGCCGCGUGGUAUCUUACAGCCUAGAUCGGACCUUGAACUAAAGCCUCUCUGGUCUAGUAAUAGUUUAAGGGCAAAGGGUGUUGAAAUGACUAACCGUAACUUGUUGGCCGUACCAGUAGGCAUUAAGCAAAAGGGUAAUGUCGACGCCAUGGUAAAGAAGUUUCUUCCAGCGAAUUUCACGGUUGUUCUUUUCCAUUACGAUGGAAAUAUGGAUAAAUGGUGGGAUCUUGAGUGGAGUUCAAAGGCCAUACAUAUAGUUGCACAGAACCAGACGAAAUGGUGGUUUGCAAAACGAUUUCUCCAUCCGGACGUUGUAUCCAUUUAUGAUUAUGUUUUUCUUUGGGAUGAGGAUCUUGGAGUUGAGAACUUCACACCAGAGAGGUACUUGAAGAUAGUUAAGGUAGAAGGACUGGAGAUAUCUCAACCGGCUUUGGACCGAAACUCGACUGAAAUCCACCACAAGAUCACACUCCGUUCCAAAACAAAGAAAUUUCAUAGGAGAGUUUACAUAAAUAGAGGCACUAAGAAAUGUUCUAAUACUAGUGAAGAUCCUCCUUGCACAGGAUUUGUUGAAGGAAUGGCUCCUGUGUUUUCAAGAGCUGCUUGGUUUUGCACUUGGAACCUUAUACAGAAUGAUUUGGUUCAUGGAUGGGGAAUGGAUAUGAAGCUUGGGUAUUGUGCACAGGGAGACAGGAAGAUGAAGGUAGGGAUCGUGGAUAGAGAGUACAUCUUUCAUCAAGGCAUUCAAACUUUAGGGGAAAGUGUACAAUCUGAUAAGAAGACCAGAGCUCGUGAUGUUAGGACUAACAGACAUGGCCAUACAACAUUUGAUUCAAGAACCUCGAUAAGGAGGCAGUCGACGUGGGAGCUUCAAAGGUUUGAAGAACGAUGGAAAAAAGCGGUGGAAGAAGACAAGAACUGGAUUGAUCCAUUUUCAUCGAGCUCGAAGACAAAGCAGAAAAGUAACAGCGUUAGUAACAGAAGACUAAAGCGUGGUAACACUCGCAGGGUGAAGCAUAAGAGAAGUCAAGAGACAGUUACAGCAUAACUGACACAUAAGUAGCAUAAACAAGGAUUUUUUUUUUUACACGAGAGAUUUGCUUACGUUAUGUAAUUAGUUUAUAUAUUACUAGGUUAAGACCCGCGCCUCG